AUGUCGCCUUUCUUAAUUGCAAUAUUACUUCUACUCAUAGGAUACAAAUUCUACGAAUUUAUCACCUGUGUACCACCAAAUACUCCGCCAUGUUUGCCCCGUCUACCGUUCGUAGGAUCGUACUGGCACAUGCUCUGGGGCAAUUACGCGUAUCCUCAUAAAACACUCCGAUACUAUGUGAAUAAAUUGAAGUCCAAAGUUGUGACCUGUUAUUUGGGACCAUUUUGCUGCGUCAUAGCCAAUGACUAUAACAGUAUCAAAGAAUUGUUAAUGAAAGAAGACUUCGAUGGCAGACCGACCGAAGUAGACGUUUUGAAGGCGAGAGCUUUCGGAUCGACGAUGGGCAUCUUUUUCACCGAAGGCACGUUCUGGCACGAACAAAGACGAUUUAGCCUCCGACACAUGAGGGAUUUCGGUCUCGGCAGACGCCAGGAAAAAUACGAAGCAGAGAUGAUGGAAGAAGUCACGCAACUCAUUGACAUGUUGAAGAACGGACCUACCAAUGAUCAAGAAAAGACAUUCCUGAGGAAGGGCGAAGCUUACUUCCCAGACGUCCUGUUUCCGUAUUCCGCAAACAGUAUUUGGAACAUAGCAUUCGGCGAAAGAUUAGAUAGAACGGAACACCAUAAGUUGAUACAGUUUUGCAAGUCUGCCAUGGUGUUUCAAAGAGCAGCUGACACCACCGGUGGGGCUAUUUUCCAACGGGCAUUUCUAAAGUAUUUCGGAAACAUGUUUGGAUAUACUAACAUCAUAAAAGGGCAUUACGGCAUGGUGGACUUCAUCCAAGGAUACGUAGACCAGCGGAAGAGCACGCACACGAGCGACUCCGACAAUGGGAUGAUAGACAGAUACCUGGCAGAGAUGAAGAAACGGACUGAGGCGUCCAGUUUCUCUGAGAAACAACUUGUCAUGACCAUUGUGGACUACAUGUUUCCAGCUCUGUCAGCCAUGCCGAGUACCGUUGUGCACAUGAUAAAAUACACGAUGCACCAUCCGGAAGUUAUGAAGAAGGUGCAGGAUGAAAUAGACAGUGUGGUUGGUACCGGAAGAAUCGUGAAUUGGGAAGACAGAAAGAAUCUACCGUACACCGAGGCAACUAUACGGGAAGGUCUCAGACGCGAAACAUUGACGCCAUUUGGUGUGCUUCAUAAGUCCUUGAGGAAUACUACUCUCUCCGGUUACAACAUUCCGAUGAACACGUUAGCGAUUGCGAAUUUAGGCGGCCUGAAUAGUGAUCCAGAUCUUUGGGGAGAUCCUGAGAACUUCCGGCCGGAGAGAUUCCUCAACGACGAUGGCAAAUUAGGCAAAGAUUACUCGUUACCGUUUGGAUUUGGACAUCGCGUGUGUACCGGAGAAACUUUCGCGAGAUACAAUAUAUUUGCAUUGUACGCCGCGCUAAUGCAGAACUUCAAUUUUGAGUUCGUGGAUGGAGAGCCUACAGGACUGAAUGAUAAGUUGCCAGGUUUAAUUGUUACUCCUAAAGAAACGUGGAUUCGAGUGGUACCGCGUCAUUGAUAGUAUACAGGUAUAAACGUAAUGUAAGUAAUUUCAUUAUAAACAAGCAACGACUUAGUAGCUAUGCAAUAUAAAGCGUAGUACGAAGAACGAUAGUGUAUAGUAAUCGUUUUCAUUUUGACAUUGCCAAAACACGGCAGAACAUAAAACUUAUCUAAAGUUAUCUUGGUCGGAAAGAAAUGGCGAACUAACGGGGGGCGAAGUUCAUCUUAUGUUCCAAUUUGGCGGUAUGAAUGCAAUAUAAGACAUCUGUUUAUCAAACCUGUGAUAAAAGAUAUGACACAAUUUUUGAAUGAAAAUUAUAUCUGACAUGAAAUAAAUCAUUUAAUUAUUAGCAUGAUACUGAUAAUAUGUUCCUAUCGCUAUCUACUAAGCUAGGG